AUGGAGACUCAUCGUGAGUCCAGGACCGCCUCUUUCUACCACGUUCCGGCCCGGCACCUGGUCAGCGUCGAGCACCCUGCGGUGAUUCGCAACCUUGAGAAGGCCGUGAGCACCCUCCAAGGUAACACAGGGAUCGAGAGGAUCCUGAAUCCCGCCAAGGCGGACACCUCCGCCAAUCUGAUGCUGAGGCCAGAAGAUGCUAUGUCACGGCCCAUUCAGUCAACCAGCUGUCCAUCAAACAAUGUCCUGCUCAAAAUCACAGUCCCCAAGCGGACAGGUCGAAAGCGCAAGAGGGGCACGGAUGAGCCCUUCACUGAUGCCACUCCCGAAUCUACCGGAGAGCCUCUGCGGCGGCGGACUGCGAAGGAUACGAUGCGCAGUCUUAGUGACAACCCCUCAAAUUACAGGGUUGAAGCUGUAGGAAGGGUCGGGCGGACCCAUGUGUUCCGAGGCAUGCCCGAUUUUGUAUAUUCGACGAUGAACAGCGCCUUCACCAACAGGUUCCGGGAGCAGAUCCUGCCAUAUGAGUUGGAGAAAAUCAAGCAGUUCGAUCUUGAUAUGAGGAAAGGUGCUCUCUUGAACGCGGAUCUUAUCCCACCACCUUCCUUUAGCCAAGGGGAAGUCCCGUUCCAGUACAUAUACCGCCAAAACCCAACUGUCAAGACGGCCGUCGGCCAAUCUGGCGAGGUCACAACUGUGAACACGCAACAACCAACCAGGGUCCGCACUCACCUCGUUGCCUACGACAUCCCAGAAGUCCCAUCCAAGCCGCAAGAAAGCCUCCGCCCAAUAGAAACCCUCGACAACGGCCUGCGCUCGCUCAUCAAAGUUCUCGAGGAGCUCUUCGAAAAGCGCCCAGCCUGGACCCGCCGCGCCCUCCGUAACCACCUCACCACCGAUGAACAACGCAAUCUCCUCCGCCACGCAGUGCCCUACAUCGGCUACAUCUUCCGCUCCGGGCCCUGGCGCGACGCCAUCAUCAGGCUGGGCCACGACCCGCGCACCUCCCCCGAAUACCGCCACUACCAGACCUUCAUGUUCCGCAUACUGCCCCGCGAACCUGAGCUGGCCCGCGACGGCGGUGGCGGCCGUCGCCACAACAUCCCCCGUCCGAUAACCGAAGACCCCAGUCAGGGAAACGGCCUAUCAGACUCGCACAUAUUCACCGGCGAGCUGCCGCUGCCGCGCGAUGGGCGAAUCUGGAUGGCAUGCGACAUCCAAGACCCGGUGCUCGCAGAGGUGCUCUAUCCGGCCGACCCGGAUCCGACCUUCCUCCGACCAGCGUGCGAGAUCAUCACGGACGGCUGGUUCGGCAACGGCACGCUGGCCAAGGUGAAGACGAUCAUGCGCUUCAAGAUCCAGAGCCUUAUCGAGGACCGGGCGCCGCAUAACUCGGAUUUCCGGCGCAUCGUAGCGUUCCCGGAUCAUGCGUAUACCGAGGCUGAUCUGGGUCUGUUCACAGUCCCUUUGGAGAGCUCGAUUAGUCGGGAAAUCUCUAUGGCGACCGAGGUCAGGGCUUCGAUUAAGGGGGCACCAUUGUGGCGGAAGAUGCAUGAUCGGGGACAGGGCGAUCUUGAUGGGGAGAAGGUGCAGAGGCAGAAGCAGGGGCGGACGAGGGGGAAGGGCAAGAAGACGAAGGUAGUAGCGUUUGAGAUGGAGGAGGAAGAGGAGGAAGGGGAUGGAGAUGGAGAUGGUGGCGGCGAGGAGAGUGAGGGCGAAGAAGAGGAGAUGGAGCGCGUGGAGAUGUGGGAGGAGCAGGCGGCGGCUGCAGUGGCGGCGAGAGAGGCUGCAUUGGCCGAGGAGGAUGAGAAUGAGAACGAUGAGGGGGAAGCCGAGGGGGAUGAGAUGGAGGGUGACGAGUGA